CUGCCCUGUUUGCUUCAGAACUUCUUUACCCAGCUCAACUAACUAGUCUCACCACCUCAAGGCUUUGUUAUGUUUGAGCAGGCAUAGGUUCCAGGUUUGUGGAUACACCUUGACUGGACUUCAUGGAGAAAUCUUCCCUGAUCACUAACUUGAAUCCCAGGACAGCUCUCAUCUUUCCCUCAACAGAAUGAGGGGCCUUCUAUAGCCACACAUAAUUGGCCAUUAUGGGGAAGUUUAUCAAGAUGGGGGCACAGGGAAGGCUGUUACUCCAGCCAAAGCGACUUAACUGGAGUCGCUUUCUCUUCUUAUUGGGAAUGCUGAUCAUUGUUUCUACCUACCAGCACCUGAGGACCCCCCAGAGGCUCCCCUCACUCUGGGCAGGAGUCUCAUCCCAACACCCUGUGAAACUGUCCAGCAGAGACCUCCCUAGUGUAAUAAUGGUGAACAGUGGCCCUCUGAAAGCUAGCUCUGAAAUGGAGAGUGAGACACAGAUGCCCCAAGCCAUAAAGGACAGGGAUGAAGCAACACCCGGCAGAAUAACAGAGAACGUCCCCAGUACACCCAGGAGAACAGCCAAUAUCUCUCCAAAACUCUCCAAGAAUAAAUACAGCCCAAUAGCAGUGAGUCCAGAAAGAGUGAAGGGAAACACCCCCACCACAGCUAGUAGAAUACUAACUCACUAUACUCCAGUUCCAGCCAGGCCAACAGUAAGGAAUUAUACCACAACAACACCCAAGAGAGAAAUGAAGAGCUCCCAUCCAACUCAAGCCAGGGAAAAAGUGAAGAAAUACACUCCGUCCCCACUUGGUGGAACAAUAGACAGUGAUGCUCCACCCACACUCAUCACUGUGGUAAGAAGCCAUGGACUCAACCCCAGAACAGCACAGAGAGACAGUGAAAUUAUGACAACCUCCAAAGUGUUGGAGAACAACCCUUCCCAGAGCAUAGCGGAGAAAACCACCCCAAUUAAUCUCAAGAAAAUAAUUGCUAACACUCCAACUUUCCUGAUGAAUGACGUAGAAACAAAUACCUUGGAAAAGAAUACCCUGAUUACCCCCAGAAGAGUGGACAAUAACAGCUCAAGCAAACCCCAGGAGUUAGUGGGAGAGAGCAACCUGACAGCGCCCCAAGGAGCAGCUGUGGAUCACACCCUAGAUGUCUCUGAGGAGCAGGAGAUGAGCACAACGGCAGACAUCAGCCAUGCAGAAACCAAAGCCUCUGUUGCUGCCUGGAGUGGAAGGAACCCCUCUUUCAGAACCAGUGCGCCCAGCACUGGAUUACCCUCAGCCGCCUCCCGGGAGCUGACCAGGAAACUUUCCACAACACCUAGCACCUCAGCAACUUCUAGAAGCAGAGCAGAUCCAGUCACCCAGGCUCAUCAUUAUGUGGCUGUGCCCAGUGCCCCCUCCCCGCACCAGACAGCAGCCAUGACCCCAGAGGUGCCCAGUCCCAGUCCCUCAGUACUGCCUUCCAGGUGGCCAGACCUCCACCCGCAGGGAGAAUACCCUCCGGACUUGUUUAGCGUGGAGGAGCGACGGCAGGGCUGGUUGGUCCUGCACAUCUUUGGCAUGAUGUACGUGUUUGUGGCCUUGGCCAUCGUGUGUGAUGAGUACUUUGUUCCAUCCCUGGGUGUCAUCACAGAGAAACUGCAGAUCUCUGAGGAUGUGGCAGGCGCUACAUUCAUGGCUGCCGGAGGUUCUGCCCCAGAGCUCUUCACGUCCCUCAUUGGUGUCUUUAUCUCCCACAGUAAUGUGGGCAUUGGUACCAUCGUGGGCUCUGCUGUGUUUAACAUUCUGUUUGUCAUCGGCACCUGUUCCCUCUUCUCUCGGGAGAUCCUCCACCUCACCUGGUGGCCCUUGUUCCGUGAUGUCUCCUUCUACAUCCUUGACCUGAUGAUGCUCAUCAUGUUCUUCCUGGAUAGCCUCAUUGCCUGGUGGGAGAGCCUACUACUGCUGCUGGCCUAUGCCUUCUAUGUGUUCACCAUGAAGUGGAAUAAGCAGCUUGAAGUCUGCAUGAAGGAGCAUCUCAGCAAAGGGCCUGUGACCAAGGUGAUGGCCUUAGGGGACCUCAGCAAGCUGGGCAAUGGGACAUUUGUGGUAGAUGAGCUACAGGAUAACCGGAAGCUGAAGCUCCCUUCUGUUCUGACGCAUGGGAGCAGCUUGACCUCUCUGCACAACAGUACCAUCCGCAGUACCAUCUUCUGGCUCAUGCUCCACAGCCUGGACCUCCUGGGAAAGGUAAGCAAGUCCUCCCCCAGGCCCAUUCAGCCCCUAUUGCCAGAAGUGAUGGCAACCCAGGCCAAAGCAGAUAGCAAACCGGAAGUGAGAGGAUGAGAGGAGCCAGCCAAGCUCCCUGCAGUCUCAGUCACACCAGCCCCUACUCCAGCCGUCAAGGGAAAUCAGGCUGAGGAUCCUGGCAGUCAGGAAGGACAUGUGGCUGGAACUGCAAGGAGUGAUGCUUCUGAAGGGGAAAAUGGAGCACAGAAUGGAGGUGAAACUCAACUAGAAGGUAAAGGUGAAAUUGAUACAGAAGGAAAAGGAGACAAUGAAAAUGAAGGUGAUAUGAAAGGGGAUGAAGGUGAAACUAAAAAGCAGGAAUUCAGCACUGAAAAUCAAGGUGAAGCCAACAGUGAUGAGAAGGGUACAGAUGAUGAAGAGGGAGGUGAUAGUGAAGAUGAGGAGGAAGUGGAGGAUGAAGAGGAAGAAGAGGAGGAGGAAAAUGAAGAGCCUUUGUCCUUGGAAUGGCCCGAGACCAGGCAGAAGCAGGCCGUUUACCUCUUCCUUCUGCCCAUUGUGCUCCCCCUGUGGCUGACAGUGCCUGAUGUCCGGAAGCAGGAGUCGAAAAAGUUUUUUAUUCUCACUUUUCUGGGAUCCAUCACGUGGAUAGCGAUGUUCUCGUACCUCAUGGUGUGGUGGGCUCACCAGGUCGGUGAAACGAUAGGGAUUUCUGAAGAGAUUAUGGGAUUGACAAUCCUAGCAGCAGGGACAUCAAUUCCUGACCUCAUCACCAGUGUGAUUGUUGCUCGGAAAGGCCUGGGUGACAUGGCCGUGUCAAGCUCUGUGGGCAGUAACAUAUUUGAUAUCACUGUGGGCUUGCCUGUUCCUUGGUUGCUUUUCUCUCUUAUCAAUGGACUGCAGCCUGUUCCAGUCAGCAGUAAUGGCUUAUUUUGUGCGAUUGUUUUGCUUUUUCUUAUGCUCUUGUUUGUGAUCUCUUCAAUUGCAUCAUGCAAAUGGAGAAUGAACAAGAUCCUGGGCUUCACAAUGUUCCUCCUUUACUUUGUAUUCCUGAUAAUCAGUGUGAUGUUAGAAGAUCGAAUCAUAUCCUGUCCGGUAUCUGUCUGA